AAGAUUCUCUUAUCAUAAAUUUUGAAGAGCAAGCGAUAUGCCCUUUGGUCACACGCAUCUGUCAGGCUGCAAAGGAUGGUGAUGUAAUGAUUUAUGGACAAAGCGGGGAGAGGUAUAAAUGGAGUCCGCUCCAUGACAGGACGGAGGGAGAAGGGUUAACAAAAUUCAAAUUUGAAAACGGUUGGCUCAGCUUUCUCAAUUACACAACGCAGAUUGAAUGUUUUCCUUUCCUUUUUCUCCGUUAACCAAAUCAUAAGCUUUCCUUUUCUCUUUAUUUUCUUCUUCUUCUUCAAUACCUUUCUUCUUUUUUUUUUUUUUUUAAUUUAUUUUUUUAUAAGAUUAUUACACAGUCUUCUCUUUUUAUGUGAUUCAAGCCAUUUCAAUGGAAGAUCACCGUCAUCAAUGGCAUACCCCACUUCUCCACACUGCUGUUCGAUGCCGCUGUGAAUUCCUUGUCCUUCUCUAAUUUUUUCUUCACUUUGCUGUUCUUAGACUUCCAAUACUCACUCUUCUCCAAGGUCUUCAACUCUGAAAAUGGCGGAUCCUGAUUCUUCAGCAUACCCAGAUAGCGACGAUUCUUGGCAAGCCAUUCAAAGCUUGGAAAAAAUUGAUACUCAAAAGAUUAUUGACCCUGUUUCCAAUGAUGCCAUUGACGAUCGCUCCAUGCUCGGUUUUUCUUUAACGUCUCCUGAUCUGGUUAUUUGCUCUGGUUCGCCUGAGAUACCGACGACUACCUAUGGAGAUUCCCCUGAAUUCGCGGAUAGGAACAAGUACAAGUGUUCUUUUGAGCUCUCUUUAGAGAAUGGUUUUAAGGUUACUGAUACCAAAGAUACCCAUAAAUCCACAUCUGUAAAGUUUUCUUCAAUAUGCCAAACAUUUGACAAGGAAUUGUCUCCUGAAUCUUCCCCGAAGUUCCUUAUAAAGCCAGAAAAGAAAGAGAAAUUCCUAGAAAAUCCCCUAUCUGUUUUGAGCAUCAAUGCAGGAUCCACUGAUGAGGCUGUGGUUUUGGAUUGUGCGGAGUUUUUGGAGGACAAUUGUUUCGCAGGUGGUGAUACUGUAAGGACAAAUGCUACAAUUGGAGAUGGACAGGAAGAUGGUCCUUCUCUGUACCAAACGGCUCGUUUUGGCAACUUCUUGUACUGUUUUCCUGCACUGGAACCAGGGAAUUAUGCUGUGAGUCUGCAUCUUGCAGAAAUUGUAUACACAGAUGGCCCUCCCGGGAUGAGAAUAUUUGAUGUUUUUAUACAAGAGAAAAAGGUUGUUUCAUGCCUAGACAUAUAUGCUCAAGUUGGUGCAAAUAAGCCUCUGGUUAUAUCUGACCUUAAAACUUGUGUUUAUGGUGAGGAAGGCGUAUCCAUUAAGUUUGAAGGAGUAAAGGGAAGCCCAAUCGUUUGUGGAAUUUCGAUAACCAAAGAUUCUUCCGCUUAUGCUGGGGAAGCUCAAUUUUUGAAACCAAUGGGAAUAUCUAAUGUGCGAGAAUGCAACUCACCCAAGCAAGACAAUGGGGAGCAAGAAGUGGAAGGAGAUUAUCAGGAGCUACUUAGACAUAUUGAGUUUCAGAAAAGGGAACUAACAGAGAUGAGGAGGGCAUUGGAGGAGCUUAAAAGGGAAAACCAACUUAAGAAUAGGGAAUGCCAAGAUGCUUGGAAGUCCUUACAGGAGCUACAGAAUGAGCUUAUGCGCAAGUCUAUGCAUGUUGGGUCCUUGGCAUUUGCCAUUGAAGGACAAGUGAAAGAGAAGACCAGUUGGUUUUCAUCAUUGAGGGACAUGACUAGGAAAUUGAAGCUUAUGAAAAUGGAGCACCUAAAGCUAUCAGAGGAGGCAAUGGCCUAUAAGAAGUAUCUUGUGGAUAUGAAUGAAAUGAGGUCGACCAUUCAGUCCACAAUGAAGGAGCAAAUAGAUUUGCAUGAAGAUCUCAAGAUUAAAUUUACUCAAGGGGCCAAGGAACGAAAGGAACUCUACAACAAGGUUUUAGAGUUGAAAGGAAACAUAAAGGUCUUUUGCCGAUGUAGGCCUUUAAAUGCUGAAGAACUUGCAUUGGGUGCUUCAAUGGCUAUUGAUUUCGAAUCUGCUAAAGAUGGUGAGCUCACUGUAACUUCAAAUGGGCUUUCCAGGAAAACCUUCAAGUUUGAUGCUGUUUUUAGCCCUCAAUCAGACCAAGCUGAAGUUUUUGAAGUCAUUGCUCCAUUUGCAUCCUCAGUUUUGGAUGGUUACAAUGUAUGCAUAUUUGCGUGUGGACAAACUGGAACUGGGAAAACCUUUACAAUGGAGGGUGUAGAAGAAGCUCGUGGAGUAAACUUUAGGAUUCUUGAGGAGAUAUUUCACAUAAUUAAGAAGCAACAUAAGCUAUUUCGUUAUGAUGUAUCUGUGAGUGUUCUAGAAGUAUAUAAUGAGCAAAUACGAGAUUUGCUGGGUUCAUGCUCUCUGCCAGGAGUGGCUGCAAAGAGGCUGGAAAUAAGGCAAGUGGGUGAAGGACAGCAUCAUGUCCCAGGGUUGGUCGAAGCACAGGUAAACAGCAUAAGUGAAGCCUGGGAAGUUCUAAAAACUGGAAGCAAUGCAAGGGCAGUUGGCUCAACUAAUGCCAAUGAGCAAAGCAGCCGAUCCCAUUGCAUUCACUGUGUGAUGGUGAAAGGUGAGAAUGUAUUGAAUGGGGAAUGUACAAGGAGCAAGUUAUGGUUGGUUGAUCUAGCGGGAAGUGAGCGAGUAGCAAAGACAGAAGUCCAGGGAGAGCGGCUUAAGGAAACCCAGAAUAUCAACAGAUCCCUAUCUGCACUUGGUGAUGUCAUAUCUGCUCUAGCAACUAAAAGCCCUCACAUCCCAUUCAGGAAUUCCAAGCUCACCCGCCUGCUUCAAGACUCCUUAGGAGGAGAUUCAAAAAAGCUCAUGUUUGUACAGAUAAGUCCCAAUGAGAAUGACCUGGGUGAGACCCUAUGCUCACUGAACUUUGCAAGCAGAGUUAGAGGGAUAGAGUUGGGUCCUGCAAAAAGGCAAUUGGACACUACUGAACUUCUGAGAUAUAAACAGAUGGCUGAAAAAACAAAACAAGACUUGAAGAGCAAAGAUUUACAGCUCAAGAAGAUGGAGGAAACAAUCCAUGGAUUGGAGUUGAAGAUAAAAGAAAAAGACUUGAGAAAUAAGAACCUUCAAGAGAAGGUGAAGGAGCUGGAGUCGCAACUGCUAAUUGAAAGGAAGCUAGCACGUCAGCAUGUGGACUCAAGGAUAGCUGAGCAACAGCAACAACAAAUGAAACUGCAGCAAGAUGAGCAAAAUAGUGCACCACUGAGGCCGCCACUUGCAAAUCGACUACUAGGAACUAACAAGAAUUUCUGUGAACCUAACAGUACUGAAGUGGGCGAAGAUCAAGUAAAUUCCAGUCAACCACUAGUGGAGAACAAUGGCUACAAACCUACAUUUCCCAUUCUUCUAACAGAUGGCAUUGCCAAGUACAUCGAUCCUACAGAAAAAGAAAACAACCCAGAGAUGACUGAACAACUAGGAUUGCCCAAGAGAACUGGCAGAGCCUCAAUUUGCACAACAUCACAUCGGAUCCCAGUAGUUCCAGCGCCAAGGCGCAACUCACUUAUUCCCCUCCCAAACAAGCCAGGUCUAGCACGGCUACCACCUCCAUUACCACCAUCGUCAUUAUGCAAUGAUAUGAAAGAAGAUACAGGAGAGUCAGAAGCUAACUGCUUGCCAGAGCAAACACGUUGCAACAGUCCUAAAGGAAUAAAACAUGGGACCAGAAAGCUAAGCGGCAUAUUGGGUAGAAGCCUUCAAAAGAAAAUUCAGAUGAAAUCUCCAGCACAGCAACAUCUGAGAAAAGGAGGUAUAAAUGUUGGGAUGGAGAAGGUUAGGGUCUCUAUUGGAAGCAGAGGGAGAACGGCACAUAGGGUAUUGCUAGGAAAUGGUAGAAGAGCAGGAAUGAAGGACACUCAGCAGAACAGGAGUCAAAUGGAAAAGGAGAGAGGGUGGAAUUGUUGAAGAUGGCUUUACUGUGACUUACAUUUCCUUCUUGUAUGAUACAAGGAAAAAAGAACUUUAAUUGAUUGUUUAUAGAGCUAAUCAUCUGUUUGAAUAUAGAGCUAAUCAUCUGUUUGAAUCCCUUCAAUGGAUUGGUUGUUGUACAGUAUGUGCUUCUUGCAACAACUGAAUAUUGUUUAUGUGGAAACACUUAUAUAUUUAUUAUUAUUUUAUUUUAAUUA